AUGACAUUAAACGACAAAAUUCCUCAAGGCCCUGAGCAGACAGACUCACCACCUACGUCUUCUUAUUCCUCUUCGCCUGAAAUAUUGAAAGAUAUUAUCAUUCCCCACAAUGGGCCCGAUUUAUCCACGUAUAGUAAGUUUCUAGCUCUCUAUUGUAGAAGUGAUAAGAACGAUGACUUCUACUCUUUAGAAGAGAAACAAAACUGUAAGUUCGGAGAGCAAUGGUCUACUUUCGUUGAUACCAUUACCGGUUUGGAUUGUUCUGGCUCUGAAGUAAGCGGUAGGAUAACGGAGAGAAUUUUGCCAUCUUCAUUAGCUAACAAGUUUACUAAUAAUUUAGGAGUGGCAAUCAAGGUUUCUGAAUAUACCCGCGAUGAUGAAUGCCAAAUCCGUGGUUGUGUUACUACAAUUGAGAAUGAGAACAUGUUUAAUAACUGGUUCAUAUAUCAUAUUUUGGACCAAUCCCGGCUAUCCUUAAGUGAGCAUCCAAUUGUAGCCAAAGAAGUCAAAUAUCAUGAAUUAUUUGCUGAUUUCUUUGCAAAAAAUUUAAAAAACACAAUCGUUAAUGACCAAUGGAACUUUGGUGGUCGUGAUUACUUUGUUGAACGAGCAAGAUACUUCACCGAUCGAUAUUUGAGAAUUGAAUGUAUUUUGCCAGCUUUCCCAUGCAAGUCGUCCAACGAACAAAAGGUGUAUGGCUCGGUUCCUGAUAAAGGUGAAGAACUUGCUUUGAAAAGACUUAUCAAAGCUACAGAAGACCUUGCUGACAUAUAUCCACCAGGUAUGAAGAUUUGGAUUGUUAGCGAUGGCCAUGUGUUUUCAGACUGUAUUGGGGUUGAUGAUGAUGUCGUUACCACGUAUACUACUAAAUUGCACGAACUAUAUAAAAGAGUUGCCAUUCCAGGCGUUGACGCUAUUGGAUUUUGUGGGUUAAAUGAGUUGUUCUUUAGCGGUGCAGCUGGUGACAUUUUUAAUCCGGAUUGGGUUUCUGAUACUGAAGUGGCACAUUAUACUGGAACUCAAAUUUGUUCAAAGUCUGAUCUGUCAAGACAAAUUUUGAUGAAAGGCUGUGACACAGACGCAGGUCGUUUGAAAAAGCAGAUUGCCAUACAAGAUCAUCCAAGAUUGCAUCUGUAUAGAGGCUUUUCACGGUUUAUGAUGGAGGACUUGUCUUUAUUGACGCAUUUUCAGACCUUUUCAAGAAAGAAAUUUAAGAAAACUAUUUCGAAAAUUGCGUUUAACAUGAUUAAAAGAAAUGACGCUUAUUCGAAUUUGGUAGAAUUGAUAUUCCCACACCAUUUAAGAAUUUCUAUUCAUGCGCAUACUAAUAGCGGACCAAAAUUCGGUAUCAAAGUGAUUUCCAACGAUCAGUGUUCUAUUGUCAGCUCAUUGGAAGACCUAGAAGAACCUAAAUUUGAAGAUUUCUUACAUAUUCCAACGCCUUGGCAUAAUUGUGUCGUCAAGGUGGAAGAUGAAAAGGAGAAAUAUUUUUUGACGAAAUCGAAAGUCAUCAAGGAUGCCCUUGAGAAGGGAAUGUAUGACGGUGAAUGGAAAGACACCCGUUUCGACAUUGGAGAAGGGGGGCAUUUCGUCAUCAAGAAAAUCUCUUAA